CCAAGUCCAGAAAGAAAACAGAAUAAGAGCUCAAGUUCAAAGAAGAAAGAUGCUAGAAAGAUCAUUCUUGAGUCUGCAGAUGAUCAUAAUAAGGAUGAAAUGUCGUAUGGGCAAGAUGGAGAUCAAGGGAACUGGAAUGUCUUCCAAAGUUUCCUGCUAAGAGCUGAUGAGAAGACAAGAGAUAAUGAUGCUGACCUAUUCGCCAGUGAAAACAAACCACCCCCAGCAAGGAAGAAGGAGAGCACAAGCAUUGAUGAUUCUAUUCUCUUGACAGAGCGAGAUUCUCCUGGUGCCAAUGAACGUAAUACAGUAGGUUUCAACAUAGAAAAUGGGAGGACUAGGCCGCAUCAGAUGCUGUCUGGUGAUGAACUUAUGAUGUCUGGGCAAGGUAGUGGCGUUGCUAGUGAUGGCAUAAAGGAGAUUGAAGGUGGAGAUGUGAGAUACAGGAGAGGAGCAAGUGAUGACUUCAUGAUUUAUGGGCAGGAAAAGUCAACAGACAGAGGGAGUUCUUUAGACCCUCUUGCGGAAGCACAGUACAAGAACCCUACACUGGUGGGAAAAAAUGCGCACAGCAUGGCAGAUGAGUCUUUCAUGAUACCUCUUAGGUUCACCUCAGAUGAUAAUUUCGGACCAGAAAGCCGUACUGCAAUUGACAUAGAUGUUGAGCUUCCCUCAACUGUUCAGAAGAUAUCAGAUGCUAAAGCUGGUGGUCAGCUUUUCUAUGAGCCAGAUGAGUUGAUGCCAGAGCGUGGAUGCGAAAACAUUUCAUUUGGAUAUGAUCCAGCAAUGGAUUACAGUCAGAUGCAGAGCCAACCUGCCACCAUGGUUGAAGAUUCACCUGUGGAAGAGAUCGUUGACCAAUGCUGAAGUAAAGAAGCCAGAGAAAGAUAAGAGGAUAAGAAAUUCACAGGAGAGUUUGGAUAAACGAAGGAAAGAUGCUUCAGUGAGGAGAUUAUCAUCAUCAAAGGGCCCAAUGACUGAUGCACAGAAGUGUGCACAAAACUUGCGAGUAUAUAAAGCGGAUCUUCAAAAGGCAAAGAAAGAGCAGGAAGAGGAACAGAUGAAACGGCUAGAGAGGCUUAAACUGGAGAGGCAAAAGAGAAUUGCUGCAAGAAGUAGCACUUCCAGUGCAUCAACCACACUGCAGCAGCCCAAAGUGAAACCUUCUUCCAAGGUUUCUCCCAGUACCUACAAGAGCUCAAAGUUCAGUGAUGCAGAACCUGCAUCCUCUUCACCUCUCAGAAAAUUUCCUGCCAAAACUACCACAGGAACUGAUCCUCAUCCCCCAAAAACAGCAAAAGCAA